GACAAAACGAAGACUUUGUAAGAGUGAAAUAGGAGAAAAGAAAGAAACCUGUACAUAUUAGCUGGUGCGGUAUCAGUCCAGAGUUUUCGUAUACACAGAGACGGACAGAGAGCAGGAGAAUGUCGUCGAAUCAGCCUCAGGAGCAUUACUACAGAGCUGGCCAAGCCGAAGGCCGCGCUGAGGAGAAGACUGGGAGGGUGGCGGACACGGUGAAGGAGAAGGCUCGGUCAGCAAAGGAGACGGCCGAGCAGAAGGCUCAGGAGGCGAAAGAGAGGGCUGCCCAGACAGCGCAGGAGGCCAGAGAGAAGGCUGCACAGGCGGCGGAGGCGACCAAGGAGAAGACGUACGAAGGGAAGGAGAAGACGAAAGGGGUGCUGGCGCAGACGGGGGACAAGGUGAAGCACAUGGCCGAGAGCGCAGCGGACACCGUGAAGCAGACGCUCGGGAUGGGCGGGCAGCAGCACGAGCAGAGCAGCACCACCGGCGGGACCGGGGAGGAUCGGGUGAUUCAUGAGAGGCAGGAGCAUGGGACGGGCGGUGUUCUGGGUGGCACCGGCGGGCAGCGUACUACUACCACCACGCGCAAGGAGUCCAAUUACUAGAGGAAGUAACUGGGAGAACGAAAAAUAUGCGUAAGAGUCAGGGAGUGGGGGCGUGUGUGUCAAACUGUGUUUGGGUGUGUUUGGGGCAGGGGAGGUUGUUCCAGUUGUCGGCGUGUUGUGAUCCUUCGUCUGAAGGAACGGCACCGUGCCGUUGUUAUGGGCCAGCGGUACUUGCCGCCCUAGCUAGUUGCCUGAAAAUGUUGUUUGUAAAAUAAAACACCUGUGUAUUUCGCUUGGUACUAUACAACGUGAAAAUCGUCUUAUCAAAAUUUCAGCUGGUAUAUUAGUAUGAAAUCGUUGCAUUGUAAUUUGAAGUACCACAUUCAGAAAGUAUUUUGUAUCCGGUCAGGAUUGAAUUUUAUGUAUUAUUUUCGAAGCUGUCGGGGUUGAAUUUUCGAUCCCAUAGGUUAAUGGCCGCUAAAGUAACUGAAUAACCGAUAAAUAUGGAUAAAUUAC